CCCCCCCCCCCCCCCCCGCGGGUCUGACACGGUUCUAGACUCCAACCCAGCGCCAUGGUUAAUUGACCUGUCAACGUGCCAGUUGACAUCUCCCUUACAGGGCCCAAGCGUGCUUAAGCAUAGUGCUCACUUGCGGAUGCAUUCCAUCCGACCGUCCAUGCGGUGGGCACCGAACUGUUGCCGAUUAGCCUUAAACAUUCGGCGCGGCCCAUUUUCUCGAGAGUCUAAAGUCACAUUAACGUAAACUAAAAGGGGAAAACCAAGAUUGAAGGGGGGCUAUGGGGCCAGAAGGUACUUUUUGCGCGCAGUUGCACCGCGUUACCAUAGUCGGGCGCGCAAGUUCAAAGUUUAAUAGCCGCCUUGGAUACCCACUGAUGUGAAGGAUGGCUAAAGGGGAAGGAAGGUGCACCACGCCGGAAAUGAAGAAAAAGACGGGAAACCAAGACAACGAAGAAGAAGCAAAAAAAGCAAAAUCAAGACAAGAGGGGUCGGAAAAGGAACGUAAGACCAAGGAGAACCUUGCCAGUCAAAGGACCGCAAUGAUCUAGUCCCGGCGUUCCUCGGGGUGUAUCGCAGAGGGGCGCUACUCCCAAGCGAGUAAAAGGUAGCGUAGCGCAGCCCGAUGUAUGCGGGAUGGGGAGAAAGUCGAUGUGUGUCCUAAUAGCUAGGUAGCAGUUGACUC